AUUAUAUUUUAUGGAUCCAAGAUCAUAGAACAAUUCUGAUAAUUAAAUACAUUGUGAUGGAGAUGAGGACCAACGUUCUGGAGGAGAUGAAAAUGUAAUUAUUUAUUUAUUUUUAGGACAAACUCUAAAAUUUUAAACACAAUAUAAAUGAGGGAGGUGAGGUAAUACAUGAAAAUGUUAAAAAAAUUGAUAUGAAAAAAACAUUAAACGAUACUACAUUUAUUUUAACUUGUUUAAAAAACCAUUUUGUAUUUUACAAUUUAAGCGAAGCUGAACUGUAACUUUAUAUGAUUAAUUUUUUCUAGAGAGAACAUUGUGAACAAAAUGUUUUAUUGUGAAGCAGCAUAAGGAACCUAUAUCUUUAAGUAACAAGACCAUGCAACUUGUUUUUUUAUCUUACAAAGAGGAAGCUUAGAAGUAAUUGUAAAUGAAAAAGUAAAUGAAUGCAUUUGAAAAAAUAUUAGGCUAAGAGAGAAUUAAAAACAGGAGAUGGAUUUGGAGAAUUAGCAUUAUUGUAUAAUGCUCCUCGAUCUGCAUCUGUAAAGUGUUUUGAAAACUGUAAUCUUUGGGGAAUUGAUAGAAAUACUUUUAGAAGGGCAGUUGAAGAAAUGAUCACAAAAGAAUAUGAAGAAAAUAGAAAAUUUAUGGAAGUAGUUAGAUUUUUUCGUAAAUAAAUAAAUUAAUAAAUAAUAGAUAAUUUGACAAAUGAAUAAAAAGAUGCAAUAGCAGCUGUAUUAAUUGUCUAGAAGUUCUACAAGAAUCAAAUAAUAGUAAAUGAAGGAGAUCCAGGAUCAUCAUUCUAUAUAAUAAAAGAAGUAUGAAUUAAACAUUAAAUUUUCAAAGGGAACAGUGUCUGUAUUGAAAGGUAACAAAGAAGUAAGAAAAUUAUACAAAGGUGAUUCAUUUGGUGAAUAAGCCUUAUAUUAUAAUACUGUUAGAUAAAUGACUGUUAGAGCAGAAGAUGAUGUUAAAUGUUUAGCUUUAGGAAGAGACUCUCUUACAAAAAUAUUGGGAGAUUAAGUUCAUGUUGUUACAUUUAGAAAUCUAUAAAAAUGGGCAUUUGAAAAAAAUGCUUUAUUAAGCAAAUUAACAAAAGCUUAAAUAGAUAAAGUGUUGGAUGUGAUGAAAAUAUCAUCAUGUAAAGCAGGAGAUGUUAUAUUGAAAAAAGGAACAUAAGCAAAUUAAAAAAUUAUUGUCAUUAUUGAAGGUAGUUUAAAAAAGAGCAAAUCUGGUAUUACAGUAGCUACAAAAGCAUAAGCAUGGGGAGAAGAAUAUUUCUUAUAAACUAACAAAGCAAAAAUGUAAUAUUAAAAUAAUAUUCUAAAUAAAGUUUGGAUGAUGAUAUUGUUAUGGAAACAGAUGGAGUUAUAGCUGAAAUUACAGCAGAUAAUUUUAUAGAUUGUAUUGGAGGAGAAUUAGAAGAAGUGAUUAAAAAAAAUGAAAAAAUAUUAGAAAAGAAAUUAUAGAAAUCUGAUUAAACUAAAAAGAAAGAAGCAUAAAACAUUAAGAAAUCUGAACUAUUACAUAUUAAAACUAUUGCAUAUGGAUAAUUUGGUCCAGUUUAUUUAGUUAAAGCAAGAUAUAAUCAAUAAUUAUAUGUUUUAAAGGCUUUCAAUAAAAAUUAAAUAAAUGAAUAAACUUUAGAAAAGUAAUAUUUAAUGUUAUUUUUAUGUACCUACAAUAAGAGAAGCAAGUACUAGAAAUAGUGAAUUUUCCA